UUUUUUUAGGUUUUUGCUUUUUCACUUCUCGUCGAGCUCGAUCAACACACAACAAAUGGCUGGACGAUGGCAGCGCGCUGAGGACAGUCGACGCGGAUCGCAGGAUGUCUGGGUGGACUACGACGCCAAGCUGAUGGCGGUUGUUGAAGCCGCCUUCAAUGCUGGACUGAAGCGCGUGGAUGUCGACGACGAGCGUUUCAUUGAUCUCUCAGAUCCAAAGCAAUUUCUGCAGCGGCGCAAGGACGAUCCUUCUCGCCGUCGCCUCGUGCGUCGUCUGGUCGCUGGACAAGACCCCGAUGACGAAGAUGACGAGCCCGCUGCGGCUGCUGCUCCUGCCAAGAAAGGGAAGGCUGCUGCUGCCGCUGCUCCUGCUGCUCCUGCUGCCGCUGCUCCUGCUCCUGCUGCUGCCGCUCCUGCUGCAGCAACCACUGCCACGAACGGGUCCAAAUCCAAGCCUGCAGCUGCUGGCGCUCUCGAUCCUGCCAACAUGAAGGUCAUUGAGCUCCAGUACGAGCUGCUCAAGCGCGGACUAAAGUCCAGCGGUGCCAAGAAAGAGCUGGCAAAGCGAUUGCAAGAAGCGCUGGACGAAGAAGAUGACGAAGAAGAUGAGGAGGAUGAGGAAGAUGAGGAGGACGACCAAGCUGCCGCUCCUGCCGCUGCCGCUGCCGCUGCCUCUGCCUCCGCCAAGGCUACUUCUGGCCCUGUCAAGCGACCUGCCGACGAGGACGAAGAGGAAGAGGACGAGGACGAUGGCCAGGACGACAUUCGCUGGUUCUGGGCGGGCGACUCUUCCAAGGGCAGCCAGGACAUUUGGGUCGAGUACGACGCGGCCACGUCCAAGAUUCUCGAAGACUCCUUCACCAAGAAAGAACAGGAGGCCAAGGUCGAUUCGCAACGCUACGUCGAUCUCCGCAACCCCAAGCUCUACCUGCAGCGCCGCUACGACGAUCCCAACAAGCGACGCACCGUCAAGCGUGAGCUCAUUCCCAAGGCUCCCAAAGCUCCCGCUGCACCCAAGCCGGCUGCUGCUGCUGCUGCUGCUGCUGCUGCUGCUGCUGCCACCCAUACCAACAAGAAGGCGCGGACGGACGAUCCAGCUGCUGCGCCUGCAGCCGCCGCUGUCGCUGUUCCUGCGCCUGCCCCUGCGCCUGUGGUUGGCCACUUGAGUCUGCCGAACGUGCCACACACCUGGACCAACUUUUCGGACAUGAACUACUACGAGGUCAACGUCACUCCGGGCUCCAAGGAGGAGCUUGCCGUGUCUGAGGCGCUCACCUCCACCGUCCAGGCGAUGCACCAGCAAAACACGACCAACCACAAGAUUGCAUUUUCGCAGCUCAAGCCCAGCCGUGUGGUUCGCGUGCAGAAUCCAGGGCUGUGGCUGCGCUACAACGCCCGCUUGCAGCGCAUCACGCAAUCCCUGCCUGGUGGCAAGGCCGCCCCAGUGGCCAAAGUGAAGACCAACACCAGUAAAGUGGUGUCGACGCUUGCACCAAACGCUCCCGUCAACGAAUUCUUCCUCUUCCACGGACUGAACGCGAGCUUUGUGGACGACAUUACCCAGCUCGGCUUCGACCCGCGCCAUUGCUCUCUGGACGGCAUGUUUGGCGCUGGCCUGUACUUUGCCGAGGAUUCCUCAAAGUCCAACCAAUACACCCACUCUGGCAAGUGCAAGGCCAGCGGUGCGGUCGCGCUCGGCAAACAAGGUACCUGCGGCUGCGUCAAGUCGGACGAAUGCUGCAUGCUUCUGUGUCGCGUCAUUCUCGGCGACACCCUGGAGGAAGUGGUUCACCGAGGCAACAAGCCUGGCGACUUUUGGCACAACCGCAGGAAAGAACCCACCAAGCCGAACGGCAAGGACUUUUACAACUCCGUUCUUGGCGAAGCGCGCACCAACAAGUCAUCCGCCAACUUGAACUUCCGCGAAUAUGUCGUGUAUGAGAGCAGCCAAGUCUACCCCGAGUACAAGGUGUACUACCACCGUUCAUAGUACACUCUCACACACACACUUUUCUUCUCAGUGCCUGAGCGUGUUUCCGUCAUUCUUCGUUUCUGUCGCGCGAGCUCGUUGAUCUUUGGUGUUUUGUACGUUCAAUGGACAAGUCCGAAAAUCAGUUUCUGCA